AACAUCAAAGUCCCUUUAAGAAAAGGCUAGCGACUCCUCACUUCUACCUUUGUGCUUUCCCAUUUCCCCUCCUCUUCUCUUGCUCAGGUGCUAUUUGUCAUUCACAGCAUGGGGAGAAACAUAGAAGAAAAGGACAUCAUGAAUGGAAAACUCAAGGAUAUACUAAAAGGUGAACUAGAAGAGCUGCCUUCAGGUUCUUCACCAAAAUCACCAAAUCAAGAUGGUAGACCAACCAGCAUGGUCAUUAAGAAGGCAAAUACUAUGUUUCCAGCUCAUUUGAUAGCAGAAGCCAUAUCCACCCUCCGCGGCCUUGACCUAAGAUGGUCAGGUCCAAUAACACCUAGUGAGAUGCUCUAUGUCCAGCAAUAUGUGUUUGCAAAGUACCCCCAGUACUGCAAUGGUCUAGUGGAAUUAGAAGGAGAUAGUCAAAAGCUAGAAACUGACAACAAUACUAAUGAAGAGUCUUCAGGAACUCCCAACAAGUCCCCAAGGAGCAAAGAGCUCUCACCUUUCUCUUUCAGCAGCAACCACACCGAUCUAGACAGAACCCAAAUGGAGCCCUCAAAGCUCCUAGACAUCCUCACCAAGAAAUCUUCAUUUCAAGGGACAUUUGUGUCAAUCCCAGAAGUCCAAGCCAGGAAUAGGGCCUUGAAGCAUUGUGGUUUGCCAGAGGAGGACUAUUUAGUCCUCUUCAUGGCAAAUUAUAAAGAUGCUAUGGUAAUGAUUGGGGAGAGUUAUCCUUUUUACAAGGGAAAUUACUACAUGACCAUAGUCAAUGAAGAGUUGGAUUCUAUAAGGGAGUAUGCCUCUAACAAAGAAUCAAGGGUCAUAUCAGCACCAGAAACUUGGCUGGAUCUGAGGAUAAAAGGGUCACAACUUAGCCAGUAUUUUAGGAGAAAAUGCAAGCAUAGUCCAAAGGGACUAUUCUCCUAUCCAGCCACAGUCAAUGAGACUAAAUACUCCAUGCAUUGGAUUUCUGAGGCUCAUAGGAAUUCAUGGCAUGUUCUUCUUGAUGCAACUGGUCUAAAUUUAGGGGAGGACCGGCUAGCGCUUGCUAUGUACCGCCCGGAUUUUGUUCUGUGCACCCUCAACAAUACACAUUCCCAGCCAUCUAGUAUUACCUGCCUGUUGGUUAGGAUAAAGACAUUUGAUACUAUGGCACCUCCAUCCUAGAUUUAUCAUCAUACAUACAUAUAUAAAUAUAUAUAUAUAUAUAUAUUUCUUUAUUAGUACUAAUAAUGAUCAAAUAUAAAAACUGCUUGUAAUUUUGUUUUUCUCGUUCCUGUAAACUCUAUUUGGCUCCUGGUAAUGGGAUUGUAUUUGUUCCUGUUCUAAAUGGAGCACAGUAGAUUUCUUUUCCUCCAACUAAUUUAAUUG